UACUGCCUUACCAUUCUGAUCUGCUGCACUUUUUUUCGAAGCAGAAUGGUUUUACUUGUUUCAGUGCUCUUUGGCAUACAGGCGCUUUGCUCCUGGGCUGCCUCUCCUCCUGCCAGAGAAGCGACGACUGCAUUGCUUUCCCCAACCUGUGAUGACACUGCAGUAGAGGAGGCUGCAGAUCUGGCUCUUCGCCAGAUCAAUGCUGACCGAAAAGAGGGCUACAUACUCAGUCUCUACCGAAUUUUCAGUGUCCGAGAAUAUCCUCAGGAGAUCACUGGUUCUGUUUUCUAUCUCAUCUUGGAUGUAGUAGAUACUGAAUGCCAUGUACUCAGCAAAAAGUUGUGGAAGAACUGUACAGCCAGACUUGCUCAUGAAACUGUUUAUGGUCAAUGCAAAGCAAUUAUCUACAUUAAUCAGGCAAGAAAUAUUGCUCAUCUGAACACUUAUGAGUGCAUUUUACAACCAGUUCCACCCAGAUACAUUUGGUCAGUAUGUCCUGACUGCCCAGUUGAUGACUGUCCAACUGAGCCCAAAUAUUUGGAGGCUGCUGUUCAAAGCCUUGCCAAGUUCAAUGAAAAGAGCGAACAACCUCAUUAUUUCUCUGUCCUCAAUGUCACAAGAGCUUCAAUGCAGUGGGUUGUUGGUCCUGCACAUUUUGUAGAGUUUUUAAUUCAGGAGACAUCCUGCUCCAAAAAUGACACGAUUGCUGACAUCUCCAAGUGCAAGCCACUUCCACUGGAACUAGCUCGAAUAGGUUUCUGCAAAGGCUCUGUAGUAACCAGCCACGUGGAACUUAAACAAUUUAUCACAAUAUCCUGUGAACUCUACGGUCUGCAGGAUCCUGCCACUGAAGAGGAGAAACAGCAACCUAAUAAGACACCUGGGAAAUCCAACCAGAAUGAUCAACAAGCUUUCCCUUCAGAAACCAAUCGUUUCUCCCCACACCUAGAAAAAACAGUGGGCUGGGUUAAAAUUCUGCCCCCUUCAACUGAGGACAUCUCUUUCCAAAACCCAUUAGAAAGUCAAAAUGAACAUAAAGAUGGAAAGACAGUUCCACCUGAGAUGGUAGGAUCUAUGCCCAGUCUUGAUGGAGCAAAAACUCAAGCAGACAAACCAGACUUGACCAAACCAGUCACUGGACCAGUUAUUCUCCCUUUCCCUGAAGAACUUUCUCUAUCAGACUCAUGCCCAGGAGAAGCAAAGAAGACAGAUUCCAUCCUCCAGCCUUUGCUGCCCAAAAAGCCUACCAAAGUCUAG